CCACUCGAUUGCUUUGCUUCCUUUCGCUUUCUAUCAAGAGACUUCCUUAUUUUCCUGUUUCUUCGUUUUUUUUUUCUCGGAAACCAAGAAAACACUUUCGAGCCCUAAGGGAAAAAAAAAGUAAAAUCAAAGAUAACCCGAGAGAAAAUGCAGAGAUUGAAGCAGCAGCAAGAGCAUCAACAAGCGAUGAUGCAACAAGCUCUUAUGCAGCAACAGUCUCUCUACCAUCCUGGUCUCCUCAACGCUCCUCAGAUAGAACCAAUCCCAAGUGGAAAUCUUCCCCCUGGUUUUGAUCCAACUUCUUGCCGCAGUGUGUAUGUUGGAAACGUCCAUAUUCAGGUGACUGAACCUCUGCUUCAAGAGGUUUUUGCUAGCACUGGUCCUGUGGAAAGUUGUAAGCUUAUUAGGAAGGAACAGUCUUCCUAUGGUUUUGUCCACUACUUUGACCGACGAUCUGCUGGUCUAGCAAUCCUUUCUCUCAAUGGAAGGCAUUUGUUUGGACAACCUAUCAAAGUUAACUGGGCUUAUGCUAAUGGCCAGAGGGAGGAUACAUCAGCUCACUUUAAUAUAUUUGUUGGGGAUCUGAGUCCGGAGGUUACAGAUGCAAUGCUGUUUAAUUGCUUUUCUGUUUACCCAAGUUGCUCGGAUGCAAGGGUUAUGUGGGAUCAGAAAACUGGGCGUUCAAGAGGAUUUGGUUUUGUUUCUUUCCGAAACCAACAGGAUGCUCAAACUGCAAUAGAUGAGGCAGGCGGGAAAUGGCUUGGUACCAGGCAGAUUCGCUGCAACUGGGCAACAAAAGGAGCCACUUCUGGUGAGGACAAGCUUAGCUCUGAUUCCAAAAGUGUUGUGGAACUAGCCAGUGGUGUCUCCGAGGAUGGCAAAGAUACAAGUAACAGUGAUGCUCCAGAGAACAAUGCUCAGUACACAACUGUUUACGUUGGAAAUCUUGGUCCAGAGGUUUCUCAGGUUGAUCUUCACCGCCACUUCUAUUCUCUCGGUGCUGGAGUUAUUGAGGAGAUUCGUAUUCAAAGAGACAAAGGUUUUGGAUUUGUAAGAUACUCUACUCAUGUAGAGGCAGCCCUUGCUAUCCAGCUGGGAAAUCAACAUUCCUACCUCGGUGGCAGGCAGAUGAAGUGUUCUUGGGGAAGCAAGCCAACUCCACCAGGAACAGCAUCAAACCCGCUUCCUCCACCAGGUCCCGCACCAAUCCCAGGCUUCUCAGCCAGUGACCUCUUGGCUUACGAGAGGCAACUAGCCAUGAGCAAGAUGGCAAGUAUGAAUCCUAUGAUGCAUCAUCACCCACAGGGACAACACGGUCUCAAGCAAGCUGCGAUGGGAGCCGCUGGUUCAAACCAGGCCAUCUAUGACGGUGGUUUCCAGAAUGCGCAGCAGCUCAUGUAUUACCAGUGAAGUUCUCUUCCUUGAAACUGUGAUUUGAGUGAAGAGUUUUUUCUUCUUUUUUUUUCCCUAUCUUUAUGUAAUGUCUUUAUUAUCUCAUUUUCUUUUCUUUUUUUGGACAAAUAUCUCAUUUUCUGUUCUUUUAAGUUUCUUGUUAUAAUGUUAUCGUUUACUUUGGUUUAUGGGUUGUUUCAGACACUGUGUUGUUAUAUAAUCGAAAACCUAUCAGUUCUUAAUG